UGAAAUUACCCAACUGAAAGAUGAAAUUAUUUUUUCAGGAUCCUAGCGAUGCAGCACAACAGGAAGCAAAGCACAGGGAAGCAGAAAUGAGAAACAGUAUCUUAGCCCAAGUUCUGGAUCAGUCAGCUCGGGCCCGGUUAAGUAACUUAGCACUUGUAAAGCCUGAAAAAACUAAAGCAGUAGAGAAUUACCUUAUACAGAUGGCAAGAUAUGGACAACUAAGUGGGAAGGUAUCAGAACAAGGUUUAAUAGAAAUCCUUGAAAAAGUAAGCCAGCAAACAGAAAAGAAAACAACAGUUAAAUUCAGCAGAAGAAAAGUAAUGGACUCUGAUGAAGAUGACGAUUAUUGAAUUUAAGAUGUUUAGAGACUGGAACUUAAUGGAACCAUUCUAGGAUAGAUAAUAUUUGGGAGAAGUUGAGAUUUGAUUGAUGUUUACUUUGUUUAUUGUCUAUAUGCCUUUUAAAAAAAUAAACUUGUUAUGCAAAAUGAAACAAUUUGGGCAAAGUUGUUUUAGUACCAUAGCUGAAUGAACAGAAGAUCUGCUUUUUGAAUUUGUUCCUUUCCUACCAAAAGCUUUUACAUGUGUAGCAGCAUGAAUAUACCCUUUCUAAUUGUCACAUUAGUGUUAGGUGGGAAAAUGGCCUUAGCAGAAACAGAAGCUGCUCGAGCACUCUUCAGUAAGAGGAAAACAGCGUCCAGUAACGUCAUGGGAGGUAAAACCCAUGGACUAAGCUGAAUCAGCUCCAGUAUUAAACGUCUCAUAUUUCCAAGACAUAGGCUCUGAAAGCACGUAAGCUAUUUUUCUUCCUGCAGAUAGUACUUAUAUUUAAUGUAAGAAAAUUCCUAGCUUUAGUUUCACUUAUAAUCUGCUUUUCAAAAGCAGUGAGACUAAAUUAUCUAACAACUAUUACCCCUAUCCAAAACUACCUCUAUAAUAGAGUGGUACUUGAA